GAUGGUAAUAACCGCAAGAAUAGCAAGCUGUAGUGGAAAAAGUGGAAGAAAAUGGUGUAUGCUUCACUCUCACUUCCAUUGUCGCCCCCUUUCACUCCCAAUAAUACAAACUGGCUUUCACCUUCCCAUUUUUCAGUAAGAAUUUCCCGACAGAUUUAAUUUCAAACCUUUGCCAACGAUUCUAUCCUAUUGCUUUCAGGACUAUAUCUUUUGCAAAAGCAUGCAUUGGUGUUGACUCUUAAAUGUACUUUGUAUGAAUAUAUUCAUCAUGACUAAGGCAAAAAGAUAGGGGUGUAAGUUGAUCUUUGGUGUAGCUAGUCUUGAACUAAAAUGAAAUGUUGCUUGUCCAUAAGUACUGCUUCAUUAUGACCUACACGUUCCUUCACAGCAUUGGGUUUUGUCAGGCAGUAGCAAUUCUUUAAACUAUUUUACAGGAAAGAAGCAUUGCACUGCCUGAAUGCAGGCAAAACGAGAACAUUGGGAUGGCGAGCACAUCAUCUAUCAUAAACAACCCCAAUGAAUGCAGCAAUUCAUCAGAGCUCCCGCAGAGAGGUCUACCUCCUCUAGUCAGUGCAUUGAAAGCCUCAGCUGAAAAAAAUGCUGCUUCUUUUCACUUUCCUGGACAUAACAGAGGCCAUGCCGCCCCUGCUUCAUUGACUCAAAUCAUUGGAAUAAGACCAUUUGCUUAUGAUAUUCCCAGCAUUCCGGAACUUGAUAACCUCUCUUAUCCUCAAGGCCCCAUAUUAGAAGCACAAAAAGAAGCAGCCAAACUGUUUGGAGCAUCACAGACAUGGUUUCUUGUUGGAGGCACUACUUGUGGGAUCCAGGCAGCAGUUAUGGCAACGUGUUCACCAGGGGAAUUUCUGAUUCUUCCUAGGAAUUGUCAUUUAUCAGCUACCUCUGCCAUGGUAUUAUCUGGUGCAGUGCCUAAAUACAUUGUUCCUGACUAUAAAAAUGAUUGGGACAUCGCAGGUGGUGUCACUCCAUUACAGGUAUUGAAUGCUAUCCAGGAACUAGAAUUGGAAGGCAAAAAAGCAGCAGCAGUUUUCAUCACUUCACCCACUUAUCAUGGUAUUUGCAGUAACUUGAGUGACAUUUCCGAUUUGUGUCAUUCUCGGAAAAUUCCUUUGAUCGUUGAUGAAGCUCAUGGUGCACAUCUAGGAUUUCAUUCUGAACUGCCUAGGUCAGCCCUCCAGCAAGGUGCUGAUCUGAUCGUACAGUCUACCCACAAGGUUCUUUGCUCUCUUACUCAGUCAUCUAUGCUGCACGUGUCAGGCGACAUUGUAGAUAAGGAAACAAUAUCUAUGUGUCUCCAAACUCUCCAAUCCACAAGUCCUAGUUACCUGCUUUUGGCUUCCCUUGAUGCUGCUAGAGCUCAACUUAGUGAAAGCCCUGAUGUUAUAUUCAACGAAUCGAUUGAAUUAGCAAAUGAAGCAAAGAGCUUGCUAAAACGAAUCCCUGGCAUCUCAGUGCUUGAGCAUUCACACUUUCCAAAUUUUCCUGCUAAGGAUCCAUUGUGGCUUACUGUAGGUUUUUGGGAGCUUGGUUUAUCAGGUUACGAAGCAGAUGAAAUCUUAUACAGGGAUUUUGGAAUUGUAUGUGAACUCAUUGGGAAUAAAUCUAUCACUUAUGCCCUUAACCUUGGUACUUGUAGGGACCAUGUCCAAAGGCUUUUAUCGGGAAUAAAGCAUCUAGCUGGAACAUGUUCUUCCAUUCAGCAACCUAAAGACAGAGAACUUACUGAUCAUGCACCCUUUGAUGAUAUAAUCAGGAAAAUGAUCCCUAGAGAUGCAUUUUUUGCACGUAAAAGAAAAGUAAUGGUGAAGGAGAGCAUUGAUAAGGUUUCUGGUGAGCUUAUAUGUCCAUAUCCUCCAGGCAUACCAGUAUUAAUCCCUGGUGAGGUUAUUACACAGAGAGCUGUCGAUUAUCUACUCAAUGUAAAAAGUAAAGGUGGUUAUAUUAGUGGAGCAUCUGAUCCCUUACUUUCUUCUAUAGUUGUCUGCGAUGUUCAGUAAAAACAACUUGUGAGAAGCACCAGCAUUUUUUAUUCCUUCGUGAAGUGGAAACAUCUAUUUCUGGUUCCCGAACGAAACAAUAUCAUUUCACUACCCAUGUGUACACACUAUCUCCUCAUUUUCUUUUCUCAAUUCUAUUUGUCUCAUCUAUUCCUCAUCUCCUUUAUUCUCAUCGUCAUCACAACAACCACUCUCAUUUAUUCGUUCUCAUCAACACAAUAACAAUCAUCAUUGUGAUAUUUAUACAGUUUGAGAUUAUCUAAAAGUAGCAGCAAAUAGUCAAAGGUUUGUGGUGCUAUUUGAUUAUUAUCUACAUUUUAGUUACUUUUUAUUGUUAUUAUGCUUAAAUAUUUGUGAUACUCUCUUCUACUAUUUUUUCAAUUUGUUUAUAAGUUUGACUGAUGUUUUAUUAAUGUGUGAUUACCAAGAGUUU